CAUGAGUUUUUGUUUGGUGCCCUUGCUGAACUUGUAGAUAAUGCCAGAGAUGCAGAUGCCACGAGAAUAGACAUUUAUACUGAGCGACGGGAAGACCUACGAGGUGGAUUCAUGCUGUGUUUUUUGGAUGAUGGAAUGGGUAUGGAUUCAAAUGAAGCUGCCAGUGUUACUCAGUUUGGUAAAUCAGCCAAGCGAUCACCUGAGUCAACUCAAAUUGGGCAGUAUGGGAACGGCUUAAAAUCGGGUUCCAUGCGGAUUGGGAAGGAUUUUAUUCUGUUCACAAAGAAAGACAACACCAUGACUUGCCUGCUCUUGUCACGAACUUUCCAUGAGGAAGAGGGCAUCGAUGAGGUCAUAGUUCCCCUGCCCACCUGGAACGCACGAAGCCAGGAGCCUGUAACCGACAACAUGGAGAAGUUUGCUAUUGAGACAGAGCUAAUUUACAAGUAUUCCCCUUUCAAAUCAGAACAGGAAGUGAUGGAGCAGUUUUGUAAGAUCCGUGGUGAGAAAGGCACCCUGGUGAUCAUCUUUAACCUCAAACUAAUGGAUAAUGGAGAGCCAGAACUGGAUGUGACUUCUGACCCCCGAGACAUUCAGAUGGCAGAAACACCCCCAGAGGGAACAAAGCCUGAGCGCCGCUCCUUCCGUGCCUAUGCUGCUGUGCUUUAUAUUGAUCCCAGAAUGAGGAUCUUCAUAAAUGGACACAAAGUACAAACCAAACGACUUUCAUGCUGUCUGUACAAACCAAGGAUGUACAAAUAUACUUCAAAUCGUUUCAAGACCCGUGCAGAGCAAGAAGUGAAGAAAGCAGAGCACAUGGCAAGGAUAGCGGAUGAGAAGGCUCGUGAGGCAGAGAGUAAAGCCCGUGCCCUUGAGCUGCGCCUAGGAGGGGAUCUCACGCGAGAGUCCAGGGUGAUGCUACGUCAAGUCCAAAAUUCUGCAAUAACCAUGCGCCGGGAGGCUGAUGUCAAGAAAAGGGUCAAGGAUGCAAAACAGCGGGCACUGAAGGAACCCAAAGAACUGAAUUUUAUCUUUGGUGUGAAUAUUGAGCAGCGUGAAUUGGAUGGCAUGUUCAUUUAUAACUGCAGUCGACUGAUCAAGAUGUAUGAGAAGGUGGGCCCGCAGCUGGAGGGUGGCAUGGCAUGUGGUGGAGUGGUAGGUGUGGUGGAUGUGCCCUAUUUGGUUCUGGAGCCAACCCAUAAUAAACAAGACUUUGCUGAUGCUAAAGAGUAUCGACAUUUGCUGAAGGCCAUGGGAGAGCAUUUGGCUCAGUACUGGAAGGAUGUUGCUAUAGCGCAGAGAGGUAUCAUCAAAUUCUGGGAUGAAUUUGGUUAUUUGUCAGCAAACUGGAACCAGCCUCCAUCUAGUGAACUGCGCUACAAACGUCGGAGAGCCAUGGAGAUCCCUACCACAAUUCAGUGUGAUGUAUGUCUGAAGUGGCGGACUCUCCCAUUCCAGCUGAGUUCAGUGGAGAAGAAUUACCCUGAUAGCUGGGUAUGCUCUAUGAAUCCUGAUCCUGAACAAGAUAGGUAAGAAUCAGUUAAUAUAAAGACCAUAUCUGCACAUG